AUGUGGACCGAAAGCGAUAAGCGUAUCGUCAUUAAAGCCAAGGGAGAGAAACCCAAUUGUGCUUGGGAGAAAAUCGCCCUAUCAAUCAAACAUCGGCACUCGGCGGAAGGGUGUCGAAAAAUGUACGAUCGUGAUCGAUUUGACUCGAAGCCUAAAACGCCAUUGUCCCUCCCUGAACGCCGACAAGUCGCCAAGAUGCGCCAGCGUGAGCCGCCUACCGCCUGGAGAAAGGUAUCCGCAACUGUGGGUCAUUCUACCAAGGUCUGCCAGGAUCUCAUAAAGAACCAUGCCACAGACAAAGAACUCAAACGAGGACGUAGAGAGGCUUUGUCGGAAAAGCAAUGCAAGGAGAAGGAGGCGGAAAAGGCCCAAAAGAAGAAGGAGGGUGCACGAAAAGGUGAUGACAACAAGGAAUACGAAACGAAGAGAUCGUCGGUGGCAUUGUCAGCACCAUCAACCAAGAAAAAAAUAAGAAACUCAUCUUCGUCGGAAGCAGCCGCAACAAAAAGCUCGUCUAAAGCGUCGUCUUCGCCUUCAACUGGCGCUGCUGCAAAGAAGGUGACCACUGUCAAAAAACGUUGGACAGAUGAAGAACAAACUAAGCUUAUCCAUCAUCGCCGUGAUGGAAAGUUAGCUUGGAAAGAUAUCGCUCGUGAUCUUGGCCGUACUGUUCCUUCAUGCCAGUCCAAGCAUCAACGUGUUAAAAAUUGGCUGCUCGAGCACCCCAGAAACCAUAAUUAA